AAACUUAAAAGUAUCAUUAUGUUUUGUAAAUACACCCUCUAUCUAUGUAUAUAUAUGUUUUUCUCCCUAAACUAUUUACUACUGCGUAAAAGUUUUCAUAAAUAGGGAACGUACAUUUCAAAGGGAACACGAAUAGUAAAUAUCCAUUUUCUUCUAAUUGCCUUUUCAAAAGUUUCAUUACCCUAUUAAAAAAUUCAGAAGGCAAAAAAAUAAAAAAAUAAAAAGAGGAAAGGAAGCAGCAGGUAAGAACUGAGUUCCUAUCUCGGAUGCACAAAAAAGGUGUUGGUAGUCAACUAAUGCAAUAUGUGUUGACUUUUUCAAUUACAUUUGUUAAGGACAAGAAGACUAGUGAGCAAGACUUCACACUUCAUUACCUUUAAUUUGUCUACCAUCCAAUCCAUUUCUUUGAAUUCAUAUAUUUACUCACCUAUUUACUAGGAAAUUACUUGUUCUAAUCAAGCUCAAAACAAUACAGAUCUGCAAUUAUUAUUAUUUUUUUUUGGCUAUAUUUGACCUUGUUAGUCUUGCAAAAAAUGGGAGAGAACAAUUGCUGGGAGAGAGAAGUAGUGAUCACUGAGCUAACCAAGGGGAGGGAAUUGAUGUUGCAGUUGCAAAACCACUUUGAUCCCAUGAAACAGGAUGUGUGCCAGUAUUUAGGUGUGGAAAUACUUUCUUCCUAUGAUAAAGCAUUGUCCCUAUUAAAUGGCACAGCUUUAUCAGGGAUGAUAAGCAAAGGUAAAAAGAUUAUUAAUCCAGAACCAUCUUCAUCAACUGCCAAGCUUCAAUCUCCUCAACUUCUGGCUGAUAGUAGCACAAAGAGUUACCGCCGUCCUAGGAGUUGCCGCCGUCCUUCUAACUAUAGGAAGAGGAAGAUGGUGCCACGAAGGACAGAGUACGUACAUGCUCGAUCUGGAGAAGAGGUUCCACCUGAGGAUGGAUACAGUUGGAGAAAAUAUGGACAGAAAAAUAUUUUAGGGACAAAAUAUCCCAGAGAAUAUUAUCGAUGUGCUCGUCGUGGUUUAUCUAACUGUGGGGCUACUAAGAUGGUCCAGAAAAGCGAGACAGAGCCAUCGGUUUUUGAAAUUACCUAUGGAGAAAGUCACAGUUGUGGUCAAGAAACCAAAAACCAAAGUGACGAACUACUAGCUGCUGAAUUACUUGCUGAACUUGGAAGAUCAGGAGGGGAAACAUCUGAAUGCUACAUUCCUGAGAUGGUUUCAGCCCCAAAUAAUUCAUUCAACAAUUCCUCAACAGGGGUUGUAUCUUCAAACUCCAAUUCUCUAUUCAACAUCACCAAUGCCGGCACCAAUGCCGGCACCAAUGCCAAACCGACUUCUUCACCUCGUCCAGACUCGAACUUGUCAAUUUACAAUGCCUUAUUUAAUGUAGGGCCUGAAAUCGACUGGAAUUCACGGUUUCCUGAUCGCAUUUAA